UGCGUAAGACGUUGGUUUGAAGCAAUUCGGAACAGAAGUUGAGUUGUUCCAAGCACUUCAACGAGAGUGUUCCAGGGCUCGUUCAUCAUCACUUCAGACACGAAAUUCCAAUUGAGAACAACCAAUCAUUCUCGCUGGAAAACAGAACAAGGCUGCUUUGUCACCUUCAACGAUUGGAACUUGCCGGCAAUUUAUUAGCAUGUUCCUCUGAAAUGUUCUCGUUUACGUGGCCUUGUCUUCAUUUGGAAGUGUGUCAAAGCUACAUCAGUGUUCUGUUGUGGUCGGUCCACAUUUGCGACAUGUGUUGGGGGAAAACCCAUCUUGGUCUCAUCGUGGAACCCUAUUUAUCACGACAGCUCGAACUGUGUCACGAUAUCGAAUUGAACCCCGGACCAAGGAGCAGCUUCCCGCGAUCGAGUCGAGCUCAAUCGCGAGGAUCGUCGCGAAGCCAAAGUUUGCAGGCCAAACGGGAGAAUUUGACAUCAUCCACAAGUGACUGUUCCAUUCUGAACCAGGCACCACCAUCCGAGGAUCAAAGAUUGGAUCACUUAGAAAACGAAGUCAAAAGCUUGGCCAAUAUCCUCGCCAAUCUCGACACAUCCGUCCUUGAGCUCAAAGACGUGAUUCAAGACAUGAGACCCGCCUACAAUCAAGCCUUGCAAGUUCUGGCAACUUCCAACGUUCCCCCCGCUUCGGCCAAGAACAACCUCGUAUUCCACGGCAUCCCACCCGAGCCUCUCGAGAUCCAAAUGGAGGGCGAACCCGAGUUCUGUCGGGACGUCAUGGAAACCCGCGUCAAGCAGGUGUUUCGCGAGCAUCUCCGCAUUUCUCGAGACAUCCCGAUCACGCAAGUCUAUCGGAUCGAGAUGCCCAAUGCCAAUCCCGAGGAAAUCAAACCUAUUGUGGUGGGAUUCCGGAGCAGCAAGGACAAAGAGAACAUCCUGCGACACGCCAACUUGCUCCGAAAGGCCAAUAUUUACAUCACGGAGGACACGACCGGCAAGAAAAGCAUGGUUGCCUCUCCCAAGAAGCGGGUCCCUUCUCGGACCCUGAAGAACCAAGCGGAAACGGAUCAUUUGAGCAGCUGUAACUCGGAUUAUGCGCCGAGCAGCCAUUCGGGAACUUCGUCGGGAGGCAGCGCCUUCGCAGAUUAAGUAGAGCGCCGUGGGCGCCCCAGGCCCAGCUACCCAACCAACAAGCGUGACGAGAAGCAAUUCCUAGAAACAAAUCCGUAUUUUGAGCAAUUUUACCAUGAAAUUGCCAUCAAUUCAUUGCUUGGCGUGGAACUCAAGAUUUGACUUCAAAACAUUGAACACGUUUCAGAGCGAAUCUGCUCACGCCAAGUCAUGGCCAUCAUAAUUACAGUGUAAAUUGAAUAAGAAAUGGGCUUUUCAUU